AUGGAGUUGCUGGUGCACUUCCUGGCCGUGUUCAGUCUGCUCCAAGCCUGGCGCUGCCGCCUCCUCUCCCGGCUUGCGGGGCUCGGCGAGGGAAUCCACAAGCAGGCGCCACAGCUGGGCGUGGUGCUGUGCCGUCUUUCGGACGUGGCCAUCGCUUCUGUGGCCAGCCGCGUGGAGCUCAGGGCCAGGGCGGUGGCAAGCGGCGCCAUGGGCUCAGCUAUCGUGGCGCUGACGGCGGACGUGCUGAGGUACAUGGUUGGGGCUCUCUGGGUCGUCAAGUCCAUCGACGUGCUCGCCAUCGGCCAGGCUGGAGGUGCGGCCGCCCUCGCGGUGCUGCUCGGCUUCGGCGUGCUGGUCAGGAGCGCCGCCGUCGAAAGACUGCUGGGCGUCAUGCCGCUCGUCCACCGUGUCAUGUUGCCCAUCGUGUAG